AUGUGGACAGGAUUGGUUGUUCCUGGUCAACAGUGGAAGAACACUGGAACAAGACGACGUUGCCGCAGGUGCUUAACUGGGUCGACACGAGCGGCUCUCGCGCAACCCUGGCAACGCCUCGUGCAGUGCCCGGUGCUGAAGCAACCCGCCAGGAACGCUCUGGCGGUGACUGCGACGCAUCCGGCGCUUCGACGUGCGCUUGUCUCUGUGCUACUCGUGGGGCUAUGUUUCACCAACGACAGCCGGGUGUACGCAGUUCCCGCUCACGAACCUGUGGAACAAACGGACUCGACCGAACGGAGCCAGGCUAUCGAACGUGAGCUCGAAGCAAAGUUUACGCAAGCGCUACGCCUCACCGAACAAGCUUCCUGGGAAGAAGCGGACAAGGCAUGGAGUGCAGUGUUGGCCUUGGACCCGGACAACGGAGCCGCGCUCUCGAACCGAGGUCUCGUUCGCUUGUCGUUGCAUCGCCUGGACGCAGCGCUCGCAGACCUCCAGCAGGCCGUCGAACGCUCACCCGCUGAGCCGGUCCUUCACGAGAACCUCGGUCUCGUCUAUGAAGCCCGUGGUGAAUGGGAACCAGCGCUCGAAGAGUAUACAAAAGUUUUACAGAGCGUUCCAGCAAGCGCGACGGCCUUGAUAAACAGGGGAAACGUGCAGGUCUCGCGCGGAGCGUACGCUGAAGCGCUUGCAGACUACCAGGCGGCUGCAGACGCGGAAACUGGUCUGGCUGCUCCACGCGAAAAAAUGGCCCUGGUUAUGGCACAGCUGGGACGUUCUGACGACAGUAUUCAGAUCCUGCGUCAGGUGGUACGCAAGUAUCCAACAUAUGCCGAAGCGCAUGCAGCGCUUGCAGCGGUGCUCUGGGGCGCAAAACAUGACUUUCUCAGUGCCGAGGAUCAAUGGGCCCGUAUUUCGAACAACGAAUUACGGGAGGAGAUGUCGGAACUCGAAAACCUGCGCAUCUACUCCCGAUGGCCACCGCGUAUGAUUGAAUACCUGCGCGAAUUCUUGAACUUGGAGACCGCAAAUCAGGAGAUCGAGUCUGCCGGUUUUGUGCUCUAG